UGCAAUUGUGGUCUUCAAGUUCCUUAUUCUCAUGAUUGAAGAGGUCGGAGGAGACAAUGCAUUUCUCAGACAUUCAGAGAAUAAGUCAUUUAAGAUCAGCACAGGACCUUGCUGCUGCUGCUGCCCGUGUCUGCCAAACGUCCCCAUCACACCACGAUCUCUGUUCAUUUUGAAACUGGGAUCCUACCAGUUUGCGCUGUUGAAAUUGGUCUUAACCAUCCUUUCUAUAGUCCUCUGGUCGAAUGGCAACUUCAAUUUAGCUGAUGUUUCAGCCACUGGAGCAGCCAUAUGGAUAAACUCCUUUAUAGGCGUUCUCACCAUUAUCGCCCUUUGGCCUGUUGCAAUCAUGUUCAUGCAUGUGCGAGAGGCAUUACGUACCCUUAAAAUGGUCCCUAAAUAUGCCAUGUAUCAGUUGGUGCUGAUUCUCAGCCAGCUGCAAACUGCUGUCAUCAACAUACUGGCAAUGAACGGGACUAUUGCCUGCACACCGCCCUACACGUCCCAGGCCCGUGGAUACUUGAUGAGUCAGCAGCUGUUGAUUGUGGAGAUGUUCAUCAUCACGCUAGUGACCCGUGUUUUAUAUAGACGUCAGUAUGACCCCAUACCAGAUCUGGAUGAUGUUGAGGAGACAAAGACCGUCCUCACCUCAACAAAAGUUGUAUAUAUUGCCUGAGAAGAACAGACUGUUGCAUGUGAUUGAGAUUUCGCUAUUUUCUUUUAGGCCGGUUUGU